AUGGAGCCUGAGCAGCUGAAACAGUAUGAAGCUGAUGGUUGCAUUUUUCCAGUCCGAGGCCUCUUUCGUCCUGAGCGCCUGGAGGAGAUCGACCGGCUGCUGUCCACCCUGGUGGCCGAACGGCCACAGGUGGAGAAGGGCGACGAGCAGACUUUGGCGCCGGAAGAUCUGCUGAACUUGCACCUCACCUGCAAGGAAGUCUGGGAGCUUUGUCGAGAGCCGUCGGUGCUGGAAGUCGCCGCCCAGAUCUUGGGCUGCCAGGACGUGAGUGUGUUCACCUCGCGGAUCUUGUGCAAAGAACCAGGCACCGGAAAGGAGAUCGUCUGGCACCAGGAUUCCAACUAUUGGCCCCUGACCGAUCCCUUCGACGCGGGAACGCUGACGCCCGCGCCGCGGGUGACGAGCUUGUGGCUGGCGCUGGACGAGGUCACCCGGGAGAACGGUGCCAUGGAGGUGCUGCCCUUCAGCGCCCAGCCAGAAAGCCGGCGGAACUUGCCCCAGGAGUUCAUCUUGGACUCCGGUGGUUCCACGAAGGCGUUCGACAACUUCAACCUCUCCUUGGACUCCUCGAAGCUGAACGUCGCCCAGAAGCGGCCCGUGCUCUUGCAGCGUGGGGAGGCGGAGUUCCAUUCGGCCUACACCAUCCACCGCUCCGAGCCCAAUCGCUCGGAGCGGCGGCGCCUGGCGUGGAUCGUGCGCUACUGCCCCACGGGGAGCCAAGUGGUGCCUGGGAUUCGAGACUCCUUCGAUGAAGACUACCCCUUGGUGCCAGUGCUCGGCCGCGGGGCGGUGGAGGCACCCGCCGGGGCCCUGCGCCUCGAGGGCGCCGAAGGCGCCGCGGCGUUUCCGGGCCUCGCGGCGCGGGAGAUCUACCUGCCGUGCUUUGGGAACGCAGUGAAGGAGUUGAAGAAGUGA